UCCGCCUGAUGCUUCCCCGCCCCGCCUGCGCCCCACCUCCCCGGCUCCUCCCCGCCGCCGCCGCCGCCACGUUCCCCCUCAUCCUCAGGCGCCGCCAGCGACGGCGCCACCACCGCCACCGCCCGCGCCCGUGCCCGACCCUCCGCGCCUCCCUCUCCGACCUCCUCGCCAGCAUCCCGUCCUCGCUCGCUCUCGUCGGCCCCGCCGCGGCCGCCGCCGUCGCCGCGGUCGCCUCCUCCUUCUCCUCCUCCUCCUCCUCCUCCUACGUCCGCAACGGCCUCCCUCCCCCGUCCUCCUCGCCCCCCGAGCCGGACUCGGGCUACGCCGCCGCGUGCGGGGAUGCCGCGGGGGACUGGAUCCUCUUCACCAGCCCGACGCCCUUCAACCGGUGCGUGCUCCUGCGGUGCCCCUCCGUGUCGUUCGAGGACGGGGGCGUGCUGCUCGACGGCGUCAACGAGCGCCUCCUCACCGAGGAGCGGCACUACGUCAACCUGAGCCGCGGAAGCAUCCCCGCGGCGCGCGGCGGGGAUGGCGGCGCCGGCGACAUAUUCUACCAGAGGGUUUGCAUUCCCGCGGAGGACGGCGGGGUGAUCGCGCUCGAUUGGCCGGACAAUUUGGAUUUGGGCAAGGAGCAUGGGCUUGAUUCCACGGUGUUUAUAGUGCCCGGCACGCCUGAGGGGAGCAUGGAGAGGGGAAUCAAGGUGUUUGUGUUGGACGCAUUGAAGAAUGGCUACUUCCCCAUUGUGAUGAACCCCAGAGGCUGCGGCGGGUCACCCCUCACAACACCUAGGUUAUUUACAGCGGCUGACAGUGACGAUAUCGGUACAGCGAUACGAUUUAUAAAUAAUAAAAGACCUUGGACAACACUAAUGGGUGUUGGUUGGGGAUAUGGUGCCAAUAUGCUGACAAAGUACCUAGUGGAAGUUGGAGAGUCUACUCCUCUUACCGCUGCUGUUUGUGUUGACAAUCCGUUUGACCUACAAGAAGCAACAAGAUCAUUUCCUCAUCACAUCGCUCUUGAUCGAAAGCUCACGACAGGCUUGGUUGAUAUCCUGCGUGCGAAUAAGGAACUCUUUCAAGGAAAAGAUAAAGAUUUCAAUGUUCAAAAAGCUCUGUCAUCUGAUUGUUUGCGAGACUUUGAUGGAGCAAUAUCAAUGGUUUCACAUGGGUUUUCUACUGUUGAUGACUUCUAUGCGGAAAGUAGCACAAGGCUGUCAAUUUCCUAUGUGAAAAUACCUGUACUAUUUAUACAGAGCGAUGAUGGGACAGUGCCACUUCUUUCAGUACCACGCAGUUCAAUAUCAGAAAAUCCUUUUACAAGCCUUCUCCUUUGUUCUUGUGUGCAUUCAACUGUAUUCACAUUUGAGAGAUAUGCUGUAUUAUGGUGCCAGAAUCUUGCUUUAGAGUGGUUGUCAGCAGUGGAGUUUGCACUUCUGAAGGGUCGCCAUCCACUUAUCAAAGAUGUGGACAUCACUAUUAAUCCAUCCAAAGGUCUAGCAUUUGUUGAACCUCAAGCAAAUGAUAGGAAGGCUCCAAACAACAAUAAUUUCCGUCAGCAGUCUCAGUUUAUUUUGUACAAUAGCAUGCCACAUGGAAUAAAUGGGCUGCUCCUUGAUUCCGCAAAACAACAUUCUGUUUCUAACGAGAAGGAAAAUGGCCAGAUAAAAGAUAAUGGUGACAUGGAUAGGGCAAGGAAAGAUGUAAAUGAGGAAGAGUCGGAAGAGACUCCUGAAGAUGAUGAAAAAGGUCAUGCACUACAAUCAGCAAGUCUCGUGAUGAAUAUGUUAGAUGCUACAAUGCCUGGUACUCUGGAUGAUGAUCAGAAGAAGAAGGUUCUGGUAGCGGUUGAACAAGGUGAGACUCUUGUGAAAGCUCUAGAAGAAGCUGUACCCGAAGAUGUGCGCGGGAAGCUAACAACUUCUGUGACUGAAAUUUUACAAUCAAAACGAGGAAAUUUCAGUUUAGAUGCAUUGAAGCGACUUGGCUGGACGAAUGGAAGACCAAACACCAAGACAGCUGUCCAAGAAAAGAUCAAAGAUUCUGAUCACGAAAGUGGCCUUAAGGAUGCCAAAAUGCAUGAUCAGAAUAAAAGUGCCUCAGCCAUUGGUGACGUUGACCAAAAAGAUGGUAAUUUGACUUCUAAUGAUAAUAGUUCUGGAGAAGGUAUCGAGUCAUCACAAGGAAAGCCUUCCCAAACUUCUGGACCUGUUGGAGCUGUAACGGAAAUGGGAACUGAACAAAUUCAACCCAAUAGAUCGGAAAAAUCAACCCCUGGAAUAAAUGAAAGCAGUGAAGAUCAUCAGCACAAGACCGAUCAGGGGACUGAAACAGCUCCAAAGCAAGUUUCUGAUGACCUAUCACCAAGUGAGAAAAAAAAUUCUGAUGACCAAUCGCCUGGCGAGAAAAAAGUGUCUGACGACCAAUCAACAGCCAACUUGAAUGGCGCUCCCAGAGAACGAGUGCAAUCUGCUGAUGCUACAGCAGAGAGUCCCCAGGUUCAUGUGGUAGAAAAAGAUGGUGAUGCAGUCCGUGCCAGUGAAGAUAAGGCUACACAUAAUGUUACUGAUCAAAGCAUGCAAGUAUCUAAAACAGAAGAACCUAAACCUCCCCCGGUUAAUGUGACUCAGGCACUAGAUGCCUUAACUGGAUUUGAUGACUCAACUCAAAUGGCUGUCAACAGUGUAUUCGGAGUUAUCGAAAAUAUGAUUGACCAGUUUGAGAAACAACACGAGUCUGAGAACGGGGACAAGUCUGAUGGAAGUACAGAUGAAGCUUCUGUAAAUAAGACAGAGUCUCAAGUGACAGGUGAUAUGAACAAUGAGUCAAGUGGGAAAUCCAUAAAUCCAUCAUCUUAUCAACCAGAAAAUAGCAUUUCUGGAAAAGGCGAUUCAAUCAUGUCCGAGGAUCGCAUGAUUGGUGAGAUAAAUUCAAAUUUAAGUAUCAUAUCGUCUGCUAAAGAAAAAAUAGGAAAUUAUGAAAGAAAUAUAAUUGAGAACUAUGUGGAUGCAGAUGUUGCAAAGCAGGGUAGUGGCUUGCCUGACUAUUUAUUGAAUAUAGCUGUUAACUCUUAUUUGAAGGCACAGUAUGCUAUGUACCUUCACGAAUUUCUUUCUACACAAUUGCAACUCAAACCACCAGAUUCGAAUUCAGCAACUGAUCUUUUCCUUGAUCCACAUGAGGGUAAAUGGAAAAUAGCAGAUCAAAUGGACAGUGAGCAUGACUACAAUUCUAAGUCUGACAAAGAUGGCAACUAUACAAAAAAUAUUGGCAUUUCUGGUUCCUCGCGAGACCAAUUCAGAACAGAGAAUGUUAUUGAUACUCCCUACUUGGUUCUGUCACACUAUCCAGUUUCCAGGGACAAGAAGUCAAAUGAAUUAAAGCAGACAGUAGCAACCAAGUUACCUGAUAUUGCUUUGAGGGAGACACUCACAAGUUUCAUCAGAGAUGAAUUAGAAAAUGCCCUCAAAAUUGAAGUUGGUCGCAAAGUAGGGAUAACAAACACUGAGCAACUUGAAAGAAAUCUUGCACAUGAUGUGGAACGUCUUGCCGCUCAGGUUUCUAGAGCUGUUGUGCUUGAUUGUGAGUUGUACUCAGCAGCAUGUGUGGAAAGAAACCCAACAACUGUCAAAUUUGGUACAACUCAUGGAGAAAAUGUUAUUGAAGCUGUAUCAAAUGCAAUUCAGCAAUCUCAUGAUUUGAGAAACAUUCUUCCAGUGGGUGUCAUAGUUGGUGUUAUUUUAGCAUCAUUGAGAAAUUAUUUCCAUGUUGAUAUUUCUAAGCAUGAUAAACAUACGAAAACCAUUGUCAAGUCAGGAGUUUUAAGUGAGGAUCCUGAUUUUAAGAAUUCUUACUUGAAAAAAGAAGAAAGUACGGAUGAUGCUUCCUCAAAAACAGAAGAAACCACAAAUAAUGCUUCCUUACAAAAAGAAGAAAAAGCAAAUGAUUCCUCAAAAAAUGCAGAAAAUGCAGAUAACCCUAUCGAGAAAACUGUUGCACCGAAAGGGCAGGAAAUCAGAAGAUCAGAGGGUCAAGGUAUGAUGGUUGGGGCUGUCACAGCUGCGCUUGGUGCUUCUGCUUUUGUAGCACAUCAUCAACAAAAGAAGGUUGAAAAGCAUGAUAAUAUGGAUAGUACCAGGCCUGACGAAACUGCACAGGAGAAGAGCCAGAACAAUUUAGUGACCAGUCUUGCUGAGAAAGCCAUGUCUGUUGCAUCUCCUGUUGUACCCACAAAGGGUGAUGGCGAGGUUGAUCAAGAAAGGCUCGUCGCAAUUCUUGCUGAACUAGGACAAAAAGGUGGUGCAUUGAGGUUUGUUGGAAAAAUCGCUCUACUCUGGGGAGGUAUUCGUGGUGCUAUGAGCUUGACUGAUAGGCUCAUCUCAUUCUUACGUAUUAGCGAACGCCCCUUAUUUCAGAGGAUCAUGGGAUUUUCCUUCAUGGUAUUUGUGCUAUGGUCUCCUGUUGUGAUUCCUCUACUGCCAACACUUGUACAAAGUUGGACAAUAAGUUCUUCAACAGGAAUUGUUGGAUAUGCUUGCAUUGUUGGACUGUAUGUGUCUAUAAUGAUACUUGUCAUAUUGUGGGGUAAAAGAAUACGUGGCUACGAAAAUCCAGUUGAGCAAUAUGGGAUGAAUCUUGCAUCUGUAUCAAGGGUACAAGAAUUUUUGCAAGGUCUUGCUGGAGGUAUAACUGUUGUUGGAUUGGUGCAUUCAGUAAGCAUUUUACUUGGCUUUGCAGCUCUUCGUGCAGGGUCAUAUUCAUUCGUGACUAGGCCACUUGAUCUUCUCAAGUCUUCUAGUAAUGUACUAUUGCUAGCUCUCAGAGGAUUUGUCACAGCAACUAGUAUUGCUGUGGUGGAAGAAGUAGUUUUCAGAUCAUGGCUUCCAGAAGAAGUUGCUGUUGACCUUGGCUACUACAGUGCCAUUCUGAUAUCUGGGGUUGCAUUUUCUCUUAUUCACCGGUCCCUACCUUCAGUACCAGGCUUCUUGCUACUUUCACUAGUUCUUUUUGGACUUAAACAAAGGACGCAAGGGAAGCUUGCUGCACCUAUUGGCCUUCGUUCUGGAAUUAUGACAGCUAGUUAUCUGAUACAAACCAGUGGUAUUAUUCAAUCCAAACCUGGUACACCAUUUUGGAUGAUCAGCACGUACCAUCUUCAUCCUUUUGAUGGUGUAAUUGGCUUAAGUGUUUGUGCAUUACUUGCUAUCCUUUUCUUCCCCCAAGAACCUGUUCAGAAGGAUUCUUUUGUAUCGUGACAAGAAAACAAGUACCCUCAACGUAUAGCUUCAGAAAAAGAUGCGAUCAUCUCUGUACAAAAUUUGUGUGAGCAAAGGACUGCUCUAGUAUACCAUUUUACACCGCGGCUCCAUGUUCAGAGGGAAGCACCCAGUUACCUCAAAAAGAAUCUCAGAGAUUAUGCUGAUGCAUCAACUUUGUGCUUGUCCUUGGGGCAUCUGCAAUGUUCAUAUUCUUAAACUUGUACACUACCGUGUACUGUUUUGAUUUUUCGGGAAUAUACUAUAUAUGAAUCAAGUUGUAACCUUCCAAUCGGGGAUAGUCUCGUCCAUUGAUUACAAGGUUGAAAGAACAAACCAAGUUGUUGGAUAUGCCCUGGUAGAGAAUAUAGAAGCUGGUACAUUUUCCAUUUUGCCAAGUAGCCUGCAGACCUGAUACUGUCAUCCGACUUGGUUGUACAAUUACCUAAUACUGAUGAGUAGAUAUGACUAGCUGACUUGUAGGUCGUGUCUGUACAUCGUAUAUAGUAUAUUCUGCCAAUUUUGUUCUAAAUAUUGGAACAGAGAAUCAUACCCAAGUUUUGAGGUAUCAAAUUUUGGCCAACACACAUACUGUAUCUAGAAAAGGAGUUAAGUUCGCUCCAGGAGAGAGUUAGCUGAUGUUACAUAGAAUUGUGCAUCCUUUUCCCCCUUUUUAUCUGUUCAGAACUAACUGUAAAUGUAAUGUUAAGACCAUGUAUAGACGAAAAUUACUGUGAUUACAAGAAAAAUAUACAUGCAUUUAUGCAUUAUAGUCCUA